GAUUCAAAGUGUAUCUUGUUGUGAUUAUGGGACGGUCGAGAUCGGGUUAAACGGGAGCCGAUAGAGAUACGUUUAGUGCGUAGACGGGGCGGCGAGAGAGAGGCGAGCUUAUACGCUGACUAUACAGAGGUUCGCAGGUUCAUUCGUAAGAAGUGUCGUUAUCACAGUCGCUGUUCGGCAGUCGGACGGCGUGCUAGUUGCAGGGACUCCCGCUCCCGUUGUGCACUGAAUCGCUUCGGUAUAACUUUUACGAACAUCGCGAUCGGAAAUUUGAGAACCGGCAGCCAUUUCCGAUUCGUGACUGAUUACGAUACCGCGUGGAAAGUGAAACCGAAAGAUUGAGACGAGAUAAAACAAUUGUGUAAGGACUUUACUUUUGGUGUUAAAUUGAGUGACUAAGUGGAACGAUCUAUUUGAAAAGUGAAAUUAAGCCAACUUCGGACUAGUUUUGAUAUCAACUCAGUUUUGUAAUAAAAACUGUGUCUUGAAUAUUGAAAAUAGUCAAUAUUUUCAACUUCCUUAUACGGUAAUUCACAAACUUGGUAAUAACAAGAAGUGAUUUGCUCUUGGGAAAGGUUUAACAUGUCGUCAGGAGUCGUGUUUUCUUAAGUGUACAGUGAGCUAAGUCAUAGCAUAUUUUAGUGCAUUGAAAUGUGAAUUUUGUGCGAAUAGUGUUAUAAUAAUUUACCGUGUGGAAACAUUAUCCUGAUGAAUUACAAAGUGUAACUUUGCUGUUUUUGUAAUCAGUUUAAUAACAUUUAGUCACAAUGGAGACAGAGGAACUCACGAAACUUGUGGACGGCAUAUACAAGAAUAUCUUGGACAAAUUCAACCCUGGUGCUCGACAAAUGAUAACAGCUGGUAAAGCCUAUUUAAAGGCUUUACACGGUGCGGCGGCAGCAUCUCGUCUAUACGUGGACGCGGUCGGCAAACUCGGGAGACAAGCUCAGCAAGGCACAUGGGGCGGAUGUGCCGAUAUUGGCACUGCUCUUAUGAAAGUGGUGGAGGUGUAUCGAGAAAUUCAGGAUCAGCAAAUGAAUAUUUUGAAAGCGUUUUACGUCGAUUUGCUGGUUCCCUUGGAGACUAAUCUCGAAAAAGAUACGAAGGUCGUACAGUCGGAACAAAAAAGGUUUUUACAACAACACAAACUUCGCUCUGAGAGCUACAGCAAGGCGGCAGCCACUAUUAAGAAGCAAAGAAAAAAGAAAACCAAUGUGACGAAAGUCGGCUCUGCGAUGGAUAAGGAGAUGAAGAGUAUGCAAAUUUUGGAGGAAGAAAAAACCAAGUUGGAUGCAUUUUGUGAGCAAAGCUUAAAAAAUGCAAUGACACAAGAACGUCGGCGAUAUGGAUUUGUCCUUGAGCGCCAGUGCUCACUCGCAAAACAUUGGCUUGCGUACCAUAGUGCUGGCGCGACGGCCUACAAUACUGGUUUAGAUGAGUGGCUCGAAGUAUCUCGAACUCGCGAGUUCCUGCCAUCUAACGUGGAGGCUAUGUUUGUCAGCAGGAUGAGACAAGUAUCAUUUUGGGCCGAUGAAGAUGUAUAUGCCAGCCCACGAAAUGGUGAUGACGAUGAUCGCGCCUCUGUUGGAUCAGCUUUGCGAAAAACUAGAUCUGUUGAUGCUUCGUGUCUAGAUGUUAGAUCUAUUGCAGACCUGGGAUCUCCUACUCAAGGGUUGUCUAGAGCCAAAUCUGAUUUAAACCUUCAAGCAAGUCUACACAACACAGAUCAAGAUACGGAUAUUCGUACAAAAACCCGUCCAUCUUCUAUUGCACCACCAACAAGUACAUCCCGUGAUCCACCACUGGCUCGAGCUUUAUAUGCAUAUGCAGCAGCUGGAGAUAACCAGCUCAGCUUCCAACAGGGAGAUAUAUUGGCGUUACUUGGGGAUAGGACUAAAGGAUGGCAGUAUGGAGAGAACUUGCGUACUCACAGUGCUGGCUGGUUUCCUUUGGCUUACACUGAACCAAUAAUAAGUGAAGAGACUGGCAACAAUUCACCUGCUCGUUGGAGUAUUGCCCAAACACCAAGUGAGAUGCCUCCACCUGCACCGAUUUCACACACGCAGGUUUCUUCAAACUCUACCACCCCUCACGCUCAUUCUCACCCUCCUACACGAAUGUUUGGUGACACUGUUACUGCUCAUCACGUUACUAAGGGACGGCUUGCAAAUAGUUCUCCAGGAUUACCCCCAACCUUGCCAGCACCGUCUCCGAGUGCUCUUAGCACAUCCGCUAGUGCUAACUUCCACCCAACACCUAUUCCGGCGACAACUGGUCCUAUGAAAAACUCAACAUCUGCUGCGAACUUUACUGCUCAUGCUGUUAUAGAAACAAGAACGUUUGGACCGCAAACGCUUCCAAUGCGUUCACAGGUGGCUCAGAAAUCGGUACCAGCUAAAACUGUAGUUUCAGCUGUAGGGGCUGUUGGUAAUGUUUCACUGCAUAGCUCUAAUGACUCUGGUUUUUCAAAUGAACCACCACCGCAACCCGAUGUUGACUACAGUGAUGAAGAAGCACAAAGACUUCGUGUUCCAAUAAGUAAAUCUGCUCAACAACACCUCGAAAACAAAGCGUAUCUUUUGAAAACCCAAAGUCUUAAGCGGGGUCCAAAACCCAAUAAUACAAAUAACGGAUACCUUACUGAUGAUCAACAAUUAUUGUUGCGAAACAUGUUAGACAUGGAUAAAGAUUCACAAAAAAUAAAAAGAACUAAAUCAUUUUGGAAGUUUGGUCGAACGACACAAGAAGAGAUCAUGGAAGGCAUGUCUCUUUGGCAACACCGAGAUAUAGUUGAUACCGUACCAGAAUAUAAGAAAAAACUAUUCGUUAAGCUGAAGAAGGAAUUAAGACCAGCGCCAGAUAUUCCAGAUCCGAAAAAACAAGCUAUUCCCGAUAAACCUGCCACUACUGAUAAUGCCGUAUCUCGUCCACAAGAAACAAUCGACAGAAAAGAUAUAAAGGUUAACAAUGGUAUGAGGCAAGCUAGAAGCUUAGGAUCCAUACAACACGAAGAACGUGCAGAGAAAGAGCGAAAGAGUAAUAUGAAUUAUCAUACAAAUCAAGCAAUGAAUAAAAAGAGUUUUUCUGAAAAAUCUAUCGCUGAGGAAAAACAUGAUGAUUUUUCUGUUUCCCGCAUCGAAUCCCGACACUCAGAUUUAACAAAUACAAGCACUAUAAAAACUAAUUUUGAAAAUAGUUUCUAUAAUGAUGAAAACGGAGAUGGGUAUGUCAUGAAAACAGUUAAAAGACGAGAGAUAUUACAAAGAUAUGAUAAUGAAAGCAAUUCCGAUAAUAAUUCUGUGGCAUCUAGUACGGAUCCCUAUGACUGCAUUAUUGUUGAUGAUCAUAUGACGUCCAAAAAACAACAAGAACUUGAUAGACGCCGACAAGCACAAAUUUUAGAUAACGAAAUCAAGAACAGCAAAGAAAAUGCAUAUAUGCCUGAAUUUGAAGAAAUAGAAGUCACGCCUAUUAAACCACAUGUAAGAGCAACAUUAUCAUCAGAUAAAUCAAAAUCUUCCCAUGAACGAUCACCACCAAAGGUUAUGGAAUUCAAAACUUUUAAAGAUACUUCAAAAGAAAUUAAAACGUUUUCUGCGUCGUCAGAAACAUUGAAAUAUAAAGAUGACCAACCAACUGAUCGUUAUGGAAUUCCAAUAGAACGAAACAACAACGAAGUUAGAAACGAAGAAUCUUAUGAUGAACAUGAUGAUGGUACGCUAAAAUACAAAAAACGUCCAAAUGAAGAAAAGCUAAGAAAACAUAACAACGAAAAUGGAAAUAAUAAAGAAUAUCCAAAAGCUGAAAUAAGAAAUCAAAAGAAAGAUCCAAGAUCUUAUGAAACAGCAGAACCAAGAAUUGAUUAUUCAUUAGAUAGGCGUCAUACAAGGAAAGAGUUCGUAGAUACAAAAAAUCGUGACAACAGAACAAGAAAUAAAUUAAAUAGAAGUUAUGACGACAGUACUUUACCAUAUAAUGGAAGAAGAGAAGAAAGAUACUAUGAAUCAAAUAUAUCAUAUUUUAGUGACCAAGAAAGACGGGCUUCAAGAUAUGAUUAUGAAACAGAUUCGAAGAAAGCAGAAAAAUCGAAGAUGAGACAAGAAGAAGCUAGGUUGGAAGCAAGACGACUUAUGGAUCGAAGAAAUGAUGCACCGUACAGUGAAUCAGAUGAUCAAAAGUUUAACGAAGCUUUAAAACAACAAAGACCGCAAUUGCUACCACGUACCAAACUCCUUAAGCGUUCGGCCGAUGGUAAUGAAUUGCCAGAAGAGGGCCAUACUUUUGGACCAUGGUACGAUUUGUGGGGGCGAGAAACCGCCGUGUACAAGUAGAUCCAGGUUUGAUUUAAAGGGUUUCUUUUCUAGUGGUUAAUUUUUAAUACAUUACCAGUGUUUUUAGUCGAUGUUAAUACUAUUCUUGUAGUAUUAGUCUUCUUUUUUAUCUUGCACAUUUUAUUGUUUUUGUAAUAAAACUUUAUUUUGCACUGACUUCGCUCUGUUUAGUAUACACUUUAUUAUCUCUAGUACCUAAACUAUUUUAAUUUUUAUAUUUUUGUAUAUUUUGUUGUUGAUAUUGUUAAAUUAAUUAAACAUAGAGCCAACGAUUUAAGCAAAGUAAAUCAUAUAACUUCAAUACAAAUGUUUUCUAUCUGUCAACGUAAUACCUUUUUGCCACAGCCAAAAUAAUGCCAUAUUUAUUUCACAUUCAGCUUUUGUAAAUUACAAUUGUUGAUUUUACUUUAAUUGAAACUAAGUGGAAAUAUUGAUAAAACCAUUUUUAUUAUACAUUAUAUAAUUGGUUAAAAAAAUAUCCAUUUAGUAUUGUAAACAACAUAUUUCUUUAUAAUAGUGCCAAAAUUAUACAAUUUUCUUUUACCCAGGCCUCAGCAAUUUGCAACAGUGAAACUAAGAAAGGCAUUGACAAACGACCGAUCAUCGCCUGCCAUUGAAUAAUUUUCUAGAUGUUUAUGAUUAUUAUUAUUUUGUUAAAUAUAUAUUAUAUUAUGUAAAUUAGAAACAUCAUGUAUUUUGUACAGUUAAAUAUUAUUAUAGUGUAAGAAAGAAUAUAUCACAUUUUUUAUAAUAAUUGAA